AUGGCGUCCAUUAUUGCAAGCUUGCCUCCACCACUAUUGGCCGCCCAUGGUGGAAAUAAUACCUUCUUCAGAGCUCUUCCAAAACUCCCAGUUUCUUCCAUUAGAGAGAGACAGAAUCGUGCUUCUGUUGUGGUGAAGGCUACUGGGGAAAGCUCGGAGUCUUCGAACUCCCUUAGUAUUGUAAAAUCUGUUCAGAAUGUCUGGGAUAACUCAGAAGAUCGGCCAGGUCUUGUUGGUUUGGGGUUUGCAGCUGUAGUUGCAUUUUGGGCGUCAUCGAAUCUGAUUUCAGCCAUUGACAAGUUGCCGCUUAUCCCAAGUGUGCUAGAAUUUGUUGGAAUACUUUAUUCUUCGGGAAGAGUUUUUCCAAAUCGUGAACAAAUCCAUAUCAGAUAUCUUGGGCCAGUGAAUUUCUAA